AUGGCCGCCGUCACCCAAGCUUCCGCUCCCACCACGGCGCCUCCGAGAGAGGAUGAGACCCUUCUCGUUCUUGCGCGAUUAAUGGAGGGCGGCCAGGAGGAUGAUGAAACCAUUCGCGAUCUCGACCAGCUCACCAAGCUGUUGAAUGAGGAUCUUCAGCUCAUCCAGGCCAAGACCGGUGCCCCCACGAUAUGCAAGCUCAUUGAUGGUGAUUGCGUCGACACCAUCUUGACAUAUCUCGACAUGAGACAGCCCGAGAUUGUUCGCGCGCACGCCGUUAUCGCCACAUCCGCCUAUCUCAAGGCCGCCGGCGAUGAUGGUGCCAAGAAGCUGUCCAACUUCUUCUUUGACAAGAUCAAGAGGGGCACUUAUGACGACUACAUCGUCGCCUUUUGUGUGGCUGCCUCCACCUUCCCGGUCGUUCCUGACCUCACUUCGGAGCUGUUCCUCAGCGAGGGCUUCCUGAGCUCCCUCGGCCCGUUGAUGAGACGGAAGUGGAAGAGCCGCAAGGUCGAGACUGCCUGCUUGGAGAUGCUCAAUGCUGCAUGCAUGAACUCUCAGUGCCGUGACGCAGUGAACAAGUAUUGCACUGAGUGGUUGGAGGAGGUUGUCGACCAGGAUCCCGAGGAGAUCGCCAAGGAAAUGUCACAGGACCCUGAGUAUUCCAUCAAGGAAGGCUCCGUCGCCAUGCGCAAGCACUCGGAACAGGUUCAAAACUUGGCAGCGGUUAUCCUGGCGAAAUUGAGGGCAGUGCCCACGGCGCCGGCGCUGAAUGAGGACGGGCAAGGGAAGAUAUCACCUGCAAUCACAACCAUCGAGGAGCUUUCAACGAGGUUCACCUCCAUGCUCCUCAGCGAAGACGACCAUGGACACCAACAUUCUAUCGAAGGGCUGGCCUACGCAUCGAUCCGGCCCGCCAUAAAGGAAAAGCUGGCAGGGAACGCGGAUUUCCUAAAGAAACUUGUCAAGACGUUGGCCGACGCUCCGGCCAAGUCACCCGUGACGUACGGUGCGCUUAGCAUCUUGGUGAAUCUCACCAGAUACCAACCCAACCUAUCCGAGGAGGAGAAGAAGAUGAACCAGCUCAAGGCAUACGCCGCCGCUGCUGGAAAGUCUGCCGGGCCCGAUCCUCUCAACGACAACGACCAUGUGGCAGAACGAUGCCGGCGCGUUUUCGAGGCCGGCGUCACACCGGUUUUAGUAACUCAUAGCAAGGGUGGUUCGGCCGCGUCACUAUCACUCACUGUCGCUAUCAUUUACUCUCUUUCAGUUACGACAUCUUUGCGCGGCAAGCUUGCUCAGCAAGGCGCCGUCAAGCUUCUCUUGGCUGCGUGGGCUUUGCUCCCAGAGUCCGAAGCCGCCGGCCGUCGCACUGCUGCGCAAGCCCUGGCGCGCAUUCUCAUCAGCACCAACCCGGCUCUUGUUUUCGGCGGCAGUCGUUCCAACCCGCAAAGCUCUGCGAUCCGCCCGCUCAUCUCCAUCAUUCCCACAGACCCAGUUGCGGAGCACCGCGACCUUCUUCCGACGUUCGAAGCGCUGAUGGCGCUCACCAACCUCGCGUCGACCGAUGACCUCGAUACCAGACGAGCCAUUAUCAGAGUGGCGUGGCCACAGAUCGAGGACCAGCUACUUUCCUCGAAUCCGCGCGUGUCAAAGGCCGCCGUUGAGCUUAUCUGCAAUCUCGUGCAGGCCGUGGAAGGUCUGGCAUUGUAUGCCGACGGCAGUCCCGCAGCAAAAGGUCGUUUGCACAUUCUACUCGCGUUGGCGGACGCCGAGGACGAAGGCACGCGCAGUGCAGCAGGUGGUGCUCUAGCGGCUCUCACUGGCCACGAGAAUGUCGUCCAAGCCAUUGUGGAACGUGAGCGAGGCGUCAAUGUCAUACUCGACAUGUGCGCCGACGACAAUGAGGACUUGCGGCACCGCGCCGGCUUCAUCAUCUACAACAUGGUGGUUGCUGAGGGCGCUCCAGGGGCCAAUGCGCGGAAGAAGAUUAUUGAGGAGGGUGGUCUGGAAGGGCUCAAGGAGGCCGCUAAGAAGAGUCGGCGAGCGGAGGUGGUUGAGGUCUUGGUGCAAGCGUUGAAGAUUCUGCUAGAGGACAAUCGGACAUUGGAGGGCUGA